UCCUCUUUCAGUUUAUAUCAGAGAGCCUAAUGGAGUCUUUCGAAAGACCUAGUCGGGUUAGCAAGGCUAACUUAUUAGAAGUCCCUACUGUAAACGAUUACUUUUCUGAAGAUGAAGAUGUUAAACCUGACAUUAAACACCGUUUCUCUCCACUUCCCCGAAGGAAGAAUUCUGCUUCUUCAGAGGAAGAGGAGGCAGAUGCCCCCACCAGCAUUGCAAGAAAAGUUUCAUUUGCUGAUGCAUUUGGGUUUGAUCUUGUGUCCGUUAAAGAGUUUGAUACCUGGGAAAUUCCAAAUAUAGCACAAAACAAUGACUUAGAAGACGAAGCUUUCCCUCAAGAGGAAUUCUUUUUAACUCAGCUGUUUACAUUACCUACUUCCCAAGAAGAAGUUUUGCAAAAAGUGCGAGAACAGAAAGUGCUGUUGGAGUCAAUUGUGUUCCUGCCUGGGAUUACCUGUAUGAAUGGCAUUAUACGAGUCCUCAACGUAUCUUUUGAAAAGGCGGUGUAUGUUCGAAUGACACUGGAUAACUGGGUCAGUUAUUAUGAUAUCCUAGCAGAGUUCAUGCCUAAUUCUUGUGGCAGUGAAACUGACCAGUUCUGCUUUAAGAUUUCUUUGGUGCCUCCUUAUCAGAGAGAUGGAGCCAGAGUGGAAUUCUGUAUACGAUAUGAAACAUCGAUCGGUACCUUCUGGGCAAACAACGAUGACAAAAACUACACUCUGAUUUGUCACAAGAAAGAAACUGUGCCCAAGUUGGAUAAUAAACCACACAGAGAAGGUGCUGAUAGACAUCUUAAAGGCUGCUUAAAGACGGCACUGAGCAGCAAAGAAGAAAUAUCGGAAACAUCUGAUCGUGACAUAUGGAAUAAUUCAAGGACUUCAGAUGCAAAUAUCCCAGAGAUUGUUUGUUCACAAGCAGAAGACAAAGAGAGUGCACCAGCUAAUGAAAAUAUAAAAGAUAAUAAUGCAGAAUACAACCAGGGUGAUCACGAAGAUGAUGAAAAAGAAUUAGAGUUGCUGCUAAAUCAGCACUUCACAGGAGCUAAAGGUACCUCUUCCAGAGAUGAAAGGAAUUUAGACACAACAGAACCAGUUAAUUUUCCAAGUGAAACUGUAAGAUUGGAGAAAAAUCUAACCUGUGUAGAAAGAAGCAGUGACUUGCUGAGGCACCCAGUGCCUAUCAGUUCCUUAUCUGAAAAUACUUCACAAGUGAUAGGAGAAGAAUUAAAAGGUAAUGCUAAGUAUUCCAUAGGAGGAUAUAAUAGUCACCCAUCAGGAAAGGAAGUCUCUGCUGGCUCAGCAAACAGCAGCGAACAGUCUUGGGAUUCUACUGCUAUCAGUGAAACCCUUUCAUCGGUAAAAUACUUUCCUGGAACAAAGCAGAAUGAGGCUAUCAAUAUUGCGGCUACUGUCUCAAGCCAACAAGGAGAGAGCCACACAGAUAUUACAAGAGGUGAAGCAGAUAAUGCCUCAGGAAGUAAGAUGAUGGAGAGGUUAUUCAUCAGUGAGGAUGAUACCUCGAAAGAGGCCUGUGAAAUGAGACCAGCAGCCAUUUCUUCAGUGCAUGAUGAAUCCUUGCAAUUAAAAGAAUGUAUAACAGGAAUGCUGGAUGGCAAUGCUAAUCCACCUCCAGAGUACCAAGUGCCAAAAACGUCUCACCAAACUCUGGAUUCAUUGUCAUCAGCUGCUGACAAAAAUGAAGGAAAAAUCAAGAUGAUUGAAAGCAAAGUUCAGGCACAUUUAAAAGGAGAUUUACAUAUCGACACUUUUGCAUACACUGAUGUCUCAACAGAUUCCACAAAAAGCCAAUAUACACACAAAAAAGGAGUUUGUGAAUUGUUGGAAAAAAAAUAUAGCACUGAUACAGAGAAGGAGAAAAGAGUCAUCGAAAUAGCAGACUUAGCACUAAUCGGAGAGGAAGAAGCACCCAGGCCUUUCAAGUCUCACAGAAAACAUGCCUUCAGCACAUCGUUCCUGCCAGAUGAAGGCAACAAGCACAGAGCCAGGCCUGCACAAAAAGGACCUGGGGCUUACUUGCCAGAGGAUGAAAGCAGAGCUGAAGAUGCUCAGGAACACAGAGGAUUCACAAGGUUAAAAGACAGAGGAAAGACAGAGAAUGAAAAUAAAGGAGGACUGGUAGAGAUGGAAAGUGAAGAAAACACCACUGGACAGGCAUGGAAGCGAGCAGAUAGUGGGGUGCGGUGGGCAGCAGGGGGUGAUGCAAGAGCUCAGAGCUCUUGUACAAGAGAGCUAUUUACCUGCCAAGAGGCAGAGAGUUGUGAGAAGUCUCCUGUCUCUGAGCACAGUAUUACAGGGAAAGCAGAGGCAGGUAUGGCUUAUAUAAUUAAAACAACAUCAGAAAGUGCUCCAGAAAAAAUGUCUGCCAGUGAAAAAGCAGUAAUUGCUAAGCUACCUCAAGAGAUUGCACUAAGUGACAGGCCCACAGAGGAAAAGGAAACAGCGUUUGAUACACAUGAAGGGAGAAAUGAUGGUUCACAUUAUGCUCUUUGUCAACUCAACACAGUGGGUGUAUUAUAUGACACCGAAUUUGAAAAGGAAUCAGUUUUAGAUAUUUAUAAUGCACGCGUACAUGAAACACUGCAAGGAGAAACGAUGUCUGUGUGCAGUAGCAGGGAAAAACGUGCCAAAGCAAAACCAGACACUGGAGAUAUUCCGCCUGCAGAAGGAGAUGUGAAGGCUUCUUCUGCAGAAAAGAAGGAAGGUGUGAGGCAGGGUUUACAUUCAGAAGUAUCUAAAUAUUCCCAGGGUGCCCAGAGGCAUCGCUACAGUGAGGAAUUGGCAGAGCUCUAUAGCGAAGAGAGCUACCUUGGAACACCUUCCUAUUUGCAUGUCAAAGCUCAAACAAAAACAUCAACUUCUGGUACAAACACUAUACCCAGUUACCACAACAAAAGCCCUCCACUGGCAUCUUCUGCAGCAGACAUGGACCAUCCAUAUAUUCACUCUGAAUUCAAAGUCAUUGAAAAGGCUGUUGCAGAGUCAGGAUAUGAUUUAAGUCUGCCAAAUGAAAUGAAACAUAUUAAUGAAAGCCUCUUUCCUGAAGCUGAAAGAAAAGAAGUACCUUCCACUUCAGACACAACGGUUGCUAGAGAAGAAAGAGGAAGCAGUAUAGGUCAGUGUUUCCAUCAAGCAGAGUUCAACCAAGAGAAGUCAUUGAGGCCAGAAAUUUCAAUUAGUAAGGCUACCAAAGAAGUUGCUGGGAGAGGCUCUGAUUCUCACCAUUUAAUAACUGAAGGAAAAACGCUAAAUUGGCUUGAUGAAUCUCAGAAUGAAAAACAGAACAUUUCUCAUCCUGCAGAUAUGCCUGACCAGAAGAGUGAAGAACAGAUGCUGUCUAGUGAGUCUCCGGGUUUAAAACAGAUUGGUUGCAAAAUCUUUUGUUUCUUCUUCUUUCUUGUGUUUGCUGCAACACUUUACCACUAUGAUUUGAUGGUUUGUCUCGCACUCUACAUGUUCUCCCUGUACUGGCUCUACUGGGAAGGAAGAAGAAGCAAAGAGUCUGUCAAGAAGGAAUAACAUUAUUUGAUUAUCAACCGUGCUCAAGAUCUAUGGUCAAUAGUCUCCAACCCCUCCAAAGCAUUUCCACUGUUGAAGAGAUUACUCAUUUUUAGAACCAAAGCAAGGUUUCUACUGAAGCAUCUUUUUAAAAGAUUACAUAUGAAGUUGAGCCUUCAUAUACAUAACUAUUCUAUAGGACCAUCAUGUUUGGAUCAUUAAAUACCUGUAAGAAUAUGAGAUCUGAAGCACGUCAAGUUAAAAUGAAGUACAGCUGUUGCUCUUUAGCACAUUAUGAAGAGGCAAUGCUUCAUAUCUCUUUAGCACUUAAAAACACCAUUAUGUUGCGUUAAUUACUUUUGCAGUAAAGCUUCAAAUUUUUUAGUUUUUUUUUUUUUUUUUUUUUUUAAGAUUUUGUGUAGUAUGUAACAACACAGGGAAAGGUGUAAUAACUAACUCAGUAUUUUGGUACUGAUACUGAAGUUGAUUAGUCAACACUCUAAGAAAUAUGACGUCUGAUGACAGCUUAAUUUUUUUGUCCCAAAUUUUGUUUUGGUUUAGUGUUACAGUGAUACUCCUGUUUGAAAAAAUGUGAGGUUAGACUGCAGUUGCAUCAUAUAGCUUUCUGGAUGUAGCUGUGUAGAUGAACAGACAUGCUGUUUCCACCCUGUGGCUGAAGAGAUCAAACGUCACAGUCACAGGCUUCUUACUGUUCAUGCACUUCCACAAACAUUUUUGUUUUAUUUGUAAAUGAAGAUUAUGUAACAUGAUAGAGAAUUUCAUUGAACUGAGUGUUAUCCCAGACAAAUGCUUUGAGUUACAAUUUUUUUUUUUUCCACCAGUGUUGCUUGAGCAUAUCUAAAAAGCAUUAAAUAAAUUUUACAAAGGAGUGCUAUGACUGUGUUGAGCAUGUCUGAAUUAGGCUUAUUAUUUUUUUUCUAUGGCUUAUUACCUUGUGCUAAUCGCAUAGCAAUAGAAAACAGGGUAGGUGGGGCAGAAAAGCCUAAUGUCUAUCCUAAGAGCCCACAGAGACCUAGUGCAGCAGGCAUUCUGCAGAGCAGGCAUGCUGGAGGCUCCACUGCUACAGUGGUCCUGAUCUGUCAUGUACGGUCAUGUCUAAAGUUUGUCCAAGAAGAAAAGAGAUGGAUAGAUUACAUUUCAGUAUAGCCAUUUUCGAGAUGAUGGCCACAAAUGCCAUCAUAGGUAGUAUACUAAAAGAAGCACCAAGGUGACAUAAUGCUACUAGAUCCCUAGAACUUAAGAAGGAAAGGUAUUUUAAGCUACAUUUGUUUCCCUCUCCUCAGCUCAGUACUGCCAGUAUGGAAUACCACGCUGACUGUGAAAGGCUUGUUUGCAAGAUAUAGCUGAAGUUCCAUAAUAGACUAGUCAUGUGGUUGUUGGCUUAGCUCUAAAAUAAUGGUUUAAAACUUAGUUAUAUGUUUCAAGGUGCUAGAAGACUGCUACAGGGAGCACCUUGAUAUUCUUGUUCUCCAGGGAGUAUAACUUUGGGGCUCUGUGGGAAUUGUGCACUCAGUGGGAGCGAGAAAAUACAGGGGAUCUGUUGCUGAUGAGCACACUGACAGCUGUAUACUCUGACAACAGUUGAAAGCAUCCAUAAUUGAGUUUUAGUGAUGGGCUGGAGGUACUUAGGAAGGACACAGAAGGCUCUAAUACUGGUCUGGAUCUUCUAAGGUACAUAGGAGCUAAAUGAUCAUUGAGAUAAUAAAUUUAUUCAGUAGGCAUAAGAAGGUAGGUCCAAUACAAAAUUUAUGUUUAGAAUUGAAUUUGAGUCCGAGUCUGUGUAAUUCCAAAAUCAUAGGAUGGCCUGAGUUGGAAGGGACCUCAAGGAUCAUCAAGUUCCAACUCCUGAGUACGUAAUGAUGUCAAACUCUUCUUUACCCGGAGACCACAAACACUGAAAGAACUGUGCCUUUUCAUGGCACACAUAGGCACUUUCUUAAAAGAACAUGACAUUCCUUCACUGUUGGCAGUUCGCCCUCUGUGAUUUGACAGAUCCCUGGUCUUAGUGGUUCAACAUUUAAGCCUGUCUGGUUUAGAGAACUCCGGUAUUACGUAGGUCACUCCAAAGUAAUACCUCCUACAUGUUUCCAUGGAAACUACAAUGACUAUACAAAGAGCACAAUAACACUAUUUGAUAGAACAAAUUCUUAGCUACAGAAUACUAUGUUUCCACAAAGUCAGCACCACUGGUUAAGCAUUUUCAUCAGUAAUGAACAAGUGUCUGCAUGCUGUGCUCAUAAAAAUCUGUACCAGUGGAGGUGUGACCCACUGUCACUACCACCACUACUGCAACUCAUCACCCAUCACCUUAGUGUGCUCAUAUCCAUUGUUUGAUCUCCAGAAAUGCUCAGAAAGCAUUGAUGAAUGUCAGUGGAUGUCAUUUUUCCCACAUGGAGGAAUUCAGUAACACAUCUCUGCUUCAUACGCACUUCCAUGUCAGACACCAUUCUGUCAGACUGUCCCAGUGCUACCAUCUGUCGUGCAGAAACAAAAUGUAAAGAAGUAUUGGCCAGAAGGCGCACCCUCUACUGCCAUACCACCAGCAUCUGUCUCUGAUGUUAUGGGACAACACAGCAAAUUAGGAGGCGUUUCUUUCAAAGUAGCCCUCAUAGUUCACUUCCUGGUACAGUGGGGGCUCUCAAGUAGCAUCUGAUAUAUUCUGACAGGAUAAAGGUCCUCAGUUAGAGGGCUAAAAAGGUGAAGAAAGCACUCUUUGCUUGUCCUGAUGAAAUUAUUACUGUUUACUCUGGCCUCAUGCCCAGCGAGAACAAGAACACAAGACAUGUCGUACUGUAAUAAUUAAAAUAAUUUGACCAGUAAAA